AUGAAAGUUUUGAAGAAGCUGAACGACAUCAUGGAUGGCUACGUCUCGGUAACUUCUCGACACAUUCAUGGCGCCAAUUGCUCUGGUGCAAAACCUCUCAAUGAUGAUGAAGUUAUGGAUAUUAUUGAUGAUGACAACGAUGCAGAUGAACUAGAUGUUGUUCUCUUGAUCGAAUUCGGGAAUCUUUCUGCCGAAGAGAGACAAGAAGUUCGUGUAGAAGAUGUGAUUGAGGAGGCUGAUCAAGCUCCUCUAGAAGAAGAUGUUAUGAUAUCCUCUGUUGUGAGAAUAGAGGAAGCUCAAGAGAAAGUGGCCGAGAGAGCUGAAGAAGAACUGUUAGAAGAAGAGCGAGACAAAGCUGGUAAGAAAGUCGAGAAAAAUCAACCGGAGCAAUCCUUGCAAAUUCAUACAAACUUUGAGCCGAUUCAAAGUAUGGUAGCAGAGUCUCAAGAAAAUUCAUCAAAUGAAGAAUCCUCUACUGACGGUAACAAGCUAUUGAAGUCUAUGUCUUCUGUGCUCUCAUCUCUUCAGAAGAGCAUGCUAAAGUCCUUGAAUACUCAGGAAGAAGAAAGAAAGGAUUUUGCUGAAAUUAUCAAAGUUCUCAAUGAGUUGGACAACACUUUGAAGAAGAACACCGGUGGUGAUCGUGGAGGCAGAAAUAGUAGUGGUGGCCGUAGUAGGCUAUCCAAUGUUGAUCAAGGUGGUCGUGCCAAUGGUGGUGACCGUGGUGGAAGAUCAAGUGGAGGCGGUCGUGGUGGUCGCAGUUAUCCUCCUUAUCUCAACAUGCUUCCCGGCCAAGACAUGAGUCCAACCGAUCCUCGAGUUAAAAGGGAAGAACAAUAA